AUGGAGGGAAAACAAUUCAAUGUGAGACCAACAUAUUCAUUUCUUUUUGUGUUUUUGCUAGGCUUUCAACCACAUGUUACAGAGGCACAAUCACCCAACUAUGCGGGAGAUGACUGCAAUUCCACCACCCCAAAAUCUCUAAGCAAUGCAUACAAAACCAACCUUAACAAUGUCCUCUCAUGGCUAUCCUUAGAUGCAGCAACAAGCAAAGGCUACAACCACAACAACUUUGGCAACAACACUGUUAAAUUUGCAUCACUUUUCAACACCCUUGGUGCAUAUGCUAUUGUGUAUGGCCUCUAUGAUUGUCGUGUUGAUGUUGUUGGAUACUUUUGUCAGUUCCGCGUGUCCACUGCUGCCAGAGAAGUUCUUCAGCGCUGCCCCAAUAGAGCUUCUGCUUUCAUAUUCUACUAUUUCUGCAUCCUAAGGUUCUCUAGUGAGAACUUCUUUGGGGAAGUCUCAGUGUACCCACCAUGGAAUCUGGUUGGAAUAAAAGACGUGUCCAGUGCAGAAGAGAUUCACAAGCUUAAGGAUUUCAUGAGAAGUUUGAUCAGAAAAGCAACUGUGGAGACUAACCAAUUGUACUAUAUGGAUGUGUUAGUAUUUUAG